UACCGAUCAAUUAGACAAUAAAGUUGUACAUUAUUUAUGAACGGCUACUAUACACUAAUCAACGAGGUUCUAAUUUAGAGCUGCGCCAUAUUGAUGUUCAAGAUGUCGAAAGAUUUACCUCGACUUUCGGGAGAAACGUUGGAUUUGUGGAGAUGGUUUACCGUGUUUAUCCUCAUCAUUUCUGUGAACAUUGUAAUAGGAAACAACUAUUAUGUAAACCAGCAAUUUAUUGUUUCAAAACUGGAAUAUCCCUCCAACUGCACGGACGCAGACAGCGUGCCCCGGAAACACGGCGAGAACUGGACUUCCUCCGCCGGGUCAUGUGACGUCCGUAUCUGCCAAGAUGUCGAGAUUCUCAAGUGGCAAAUCAACCACGACUGUCCACCGGAAAUCGAUUUUCUAGACGUGGACAACUGCUACUACAAGGGUAACUCCAGCCUCCAGUUUCCCGCCUGCUGUCCCAUCCUGUACUGUACGCCUAGAGAUGACGAAAACGUCACCACAGCCCCGGACAUACAAGUUGGUGCUUGUGUGGACCUUUCGCCCGUGGCUGCGUGCACCUUUUGGAAGGAGAUGUCUAAUUGUUCCGACAGCUCGGACGGCCUCAUACAGCGUCUGUACAACUUUACCGUGGAAUUCUGCAUGGCCACAUGUGGAUUUUGCUGACCAAAUGAACACGGACAAGCGAAUCUGGAAGCGGUGUGCCAUAUUCACUUCAAUAGUUUUGCAAUCGUGGGAGAUGAACUCUAUUCAACUGUAAAACAUUCGCAUUUUCUUUUCUUUUUUUGCACUUUAUGUUUUAUAUACGCUAUUUUUUAAUACUUCGUUCUUUCGCCAAAUAAAAUACUCAUUUUGCA